AUGGCCCAUGCGUCCCCGGUAGGUGGCCUCCUGCCUCUGCUCGCUCCCGUGCCGCAGGUGUGGCCGCCAGACGGGGCCACUGGUGAGGAGCGGAGGGAGAGAAGGCCCGCGGGCGCUCUUGGUGGGGACGUUAGUGGCUGGCCCCGGCCGCUGGUUGCCGGGAGCAUCCCCUGCUUGGACCAACUGCCCAGCGGAGCUCCAGAAGGGCAGCCAUGGUGGGCGGCGCCGGAUACCGGAGAGCACCAUGAGGCUGGCACUGCAGACCCGAGGCAGAAGCCCGCUGCCGGCGGGCAGACUCCUCCCGCGCUGCAGCGUCUCCGGACGGUGUUGCUGCGGCUGCACCGAGAGCGGGAGCAGCUCCUUCAAGCCCAAGACUGCGCCCGCCACCUACAAGCAGCGGUGCGCCUCUUAAGGGUGCUGAGUACUGGAGCGCCAUCCCCUGGCCUCUUGCCUCAGCUGUGUCUCGACCUGCUGGCGCAGCUUUCCCGAAAGGCAGUUCUGCGAACCGGCCUUCGGGAGACUCCCGAGCCGCUACUCCUGGCGCGCCCCGUCGGACUAGCUGCCCAUAGUCUGGAUGCUGUCAUCGAGAUGCAGCUUCGCGCUUUGGGCCGAGCGCCCGCCAGCCCCGGCCUGUCAUCCCAACUGGCGGACCUGCUGCUCGCGCUUCCCCUCUACCAUCAGCUGCAGGGGAAAGCCUUAAGUCAUGUCCCAGGGGCAGCGUGCCCUUUCCCCCCAGCCCGUGUGCUCUGUCUCCUCGCGGGGGAGCGGGGUUGCCAGGCGGCAGGUCGGCUGAAUGAGGCGCUCAGGGGAUUGGACUUGCGGGACCAGCUCCGCAAGUGGUGGUGUGAGGAGCAGGAGCUGCUGCCAGGGCUCCUGGGUCUGAUCGGGGGCGUGGCAGGUUCAGCCAGCAGUGGACUGGGAAUUGGAGGAGCUGGAACCCUGUGGAGCCAGUACUGGACCCAGCUAUGGGCAGCCUGUGCGCAGAGUCUGGACCUAAGUCUAGGACCCUGGAAGGACCGCAGGGUAGCGGCACGACAACUAAGUCAGGCACUGGAUCAAGCAUCCCUGCCUCAGGAGUGUGAGAAGGAGCUGGCUUCUUUGUGUCACGGCCUAUUUCAUCAGUCUCUUAUCUGGAGCUGGGACCAAGUCUUCUGCCAAGCCUUGGGCUCUGCUGGUAAUCAGAGCAGCCUUUCUUCAUCAUGUCAUACCACUGAACUUCUACAGCAGCUCUUCCCUCCUCUCUUGGACGCCCUUCGAGAGCCCACGUCAGGGCUGCUCCUCUGUCAGCCUCCAGUUCCUGCACCCCUUGCCCUGGGGCUCUGUACCUUGCAGACAACCCUGCUCUGGUUUUGGGGCAGAGCUCAGCAGCAUCUGGCAGUGUGGGCCCCAGAAUCCUUCCUGCUUCUGAUCCAGAAGGACUUACCUCCUCUAUUACACGAGGCAGAAGCUCUGUCUAGCCUGGCCUCAGGGGAAAGCGUGGCCCUGGACUUGGAGGAGCAGCUGGGCCUGGAAAUCCGGAAGCUGACCUUACAGAUGCAGCUCCUGCUUGAAGAGUCACUAAGUCUCUUUUUGCAAGAAUGUCAUAAACAAGCUACACGGGGCUUCGAACUUCACAUGCCAAGGGGUCGGUACUGGCGACAUCCUCUUUGUCUUGAACUCCCCAGCAUUCCCAGUGAGUAUGCUCGGUUGGUGGUCCACACUGUACUGGAGCCUGUGUUGCAAGGAUUGCAGGGGUUGCCACCCCCAGCCCAGAUCCCUGUCCUUGGCCAGGUGUUGACAACCAUUCUGGGUGCCUGGCUUGACCACAUCCUCACCCACAGGAUUAGAUUCAGCCUGCAGGGAGCACUGCAGCUCAGACAAGAUUUUGGAGUGGUCCGGGAGUUGCUGGAAGAAGAGCGGUGGGGCCUGUCGCCUGAAACUCGCCAGACUCUGCUCAUGCUCAACAUCUUCCAGCGGCUAGAUGGGGCCCUGCUGUGUUUAUUGCAGCAGCCCCUGCCCAAGACUCAAGUCCACAGAAGGCCUCCCUGUUGCUGUGCGUGUAAUGAGGUCCAGACCUUGGAAUUGCCCAGCAGCAGCCUCAACAGCCUGGAGAGCUUGGAGCCCCCUCUUCGGACUGGAGCACCUCCAGCUCAGGCAGCUCAGCUGCUAAGUACGCUGUGGGGUGGGGGACCCAGCCCCCAGGCUUACCUGGUGGGAAAUCAGCAGGCCUGGCUUGCCCUAAGGCAGCACCAGCGCCAUCCUCGUUGGCACUUGCCUUUUCUUUCCUGCCUGGGGACCAGUCCUGAGUCCUAA